AUGUCCGACAUUCCAAACGCCAUGCCCUCCAUGGUCAUCCUCUCGACCUCCAUGAUCUCGCUCAUCACCGGCUUUGUGCUCGGCGUCUACGCCAUCCGCGGCUACCUGAUCCCGCCCGAGCUGAAGGAGGAGCGGCGCCGCAACUUUCAGGACCCCGUCGAGAGCGAGGAGUCCGAGGUGGACGAGGACGAUUACAUACUAGACCACGCGCCCAACUGGGCCAACGGGCUCGAGGCCGAUCAGCGCCAGGGCUUGCGCGCGCGCGGUGCUGCUGCCGCUGAGGAGAAGAAAAAGAAGAAGAAGCAGGAGAAGGCGGCGCCCAAGUUGGGACUGGAUCCGACUGAGGAGUGCAAGUUGGUGUUGGUUGUGAGGACGGAUUUGGGCAUGACCAAGGGCAAAAUCGCAGCCCAAUGCUCCCACGCCACCCUCGCCUGCUACAAGCGCCUUUUCUCUGCCGCCCAGCUCGAGCCCCUGUCGCUGUCGGCCCGCCUGCUCCGUCAGUGGGAGCGCAACGGCCAGGCCAAGAUCGCCGUGCAGACCAAGACCGAGGAUGAGAUGCUGGAGCUGAUGGCCAAGGCGCGCAGCUUGGGCGUCACUGCUGAGGUGAUUCAGGAUGCUGGCCGUACGCAGAUUGCCUCUGGGUCCAGGACUGUGCUGGGCGUUGGUCCGGCGCCUAAGAGCUUGGUUGAUGAGAUCACUGGUCACUUGAAGUUGCUGUAA